AUGAUGGAUGGAGAUGGAUUGAGCAAUAGAAACUGGGGAUAUUACGAGCCGUCUCAGUUCAGACCUAAUUUAGGGUUUCAACUAAUACCAACUCAGAAUCCAAACUUCAGCAAUGGCUAUCGUGGUAGUAGCAGCAGCAAUGUCAUGUCGUUCCCGCGCGAUUUCGCGGUUUCUGAAGCACCAUUCAUGAGCUAUAGCUGGUUAAACCAGCACAGAGACAGCAAGUUCUUUAGCACCUUACCUAAUCCUUCAAAUCAUCAGACCUAUCUUGUUCCAGAGACUUCAAGAACUCAACCAAUGCAGCUUCUGCAGAUUCCUAAGCCCGAGUUGGUCGAGGUCGACGAGUCUCUCGAUAGAAGGCAUUGCAGUGUUGGGCAGAGUGAUGCUCCUAAGGUGAAGAGAGAGAGGAAGCUGAAAGAUAGCAAUGUUCCGAGAAUGCAAAGAGAGAGGAGUCCUUUGAGGAAGAGUAUAAACAUGGUGAUAAAUGGGGUUUGUAUGGAUAUUGGAUGUUUGCCAGUUCCGGUCUGCUCGUGUACCGGGAUUCCUCAACCGUGCUACAGGUGGGGUUGUGGAGGAUGGCAGUCCGCGUGCUGUACCACUAAUGUUUCGAUGUACCCUUUGCCAAUGAGCACUAAAAGACGUGGUGCUCGGAUUUCUGGUAGGAAAAUGAGUCAAGGUGCCUUUAGGAAGGUUCUUGAGAAGCUCUCUACUAAUGGUUUCAAUUUUUCAAAUCCGAUCGAUUUGAAGUCUCAUUGGGCUAAACAUGGAACCAAUAAGUUCGUCACCAUCAGAUGA